UUUCACUGAUAUUCUAUUUCUCAUACUGAACGCUCUAAUUUUUGUAUUUCUUCGUUUUAAUUGUUUGUUUCGGGUACAAAUGGCGGGCCGGGGCAAGACUCUAGGAUCUGGAGCGUCGAAGAAGGCAACAUCGAGGAGUAGCAAGGCCGGGCUUCAGUUUCCGGUGGGUCGUAUCGCUCGUUUCCUUAAGGCUGGAAAAUAUGCUGAGCGGGUCGGAGCUGGAGCUCCGGUUUACCUCGCCGCCGUUCUUGAAUAUCUUGCUGCUGAGGUCCUGGAACUAGCUGGAAAUGCAGCCAGAGACAACAAGAAGACUCGAAUCGUUCCACGCCACAUCCAGCUCGCCGUAAGGAACGACGAAGAGCUGAGCAAACUGCUGGGCGAUGUGACGAUUGCCAACGGCGGUGUUAUGCCCAACAUCCACAACCUCCUCCUCCCCAAGAAAACCGGAACCUCCAAGGCCGUCGGUGGCGACGAUGAUUAGAUCGGAUGAGUUUGGACUAACCCUAAGAGGCCAUUAACGGAUCAUCCCAUAGGGGAUUUUUGGCUUUUGGUUUGUUGUUCUGUUAGCUCAUUCUGUGGGGAUUUGUAGUUCGGUUUGUAUUUGGUUUGUUAGUUAAUUUAGAUUAAUGUGAAUAUGAAUCGAAUUA